AUGCUGGAAAGCGGGCAGAUCUCGCCCGUCGAGCUGACUCGCGCCUUCCUUGAUCGCAUCGACGCCCUCGACGACGCGCUGAAAUGCUACAUCACCAUUCUGCACGACGACGCUAUGGCGGACGCGCGACAAGCCGAAGCCGAAAUCCUGCGCGGCGACUAUCGCGGCCCCAUGCACGGCAUCCCCAUCGCGCUCAAAGACCUCUACGACACCGCAGGCAUUCGCACCACCGCAAGCUCCAAGGUGAUGGCAGACCGUGUUCCCACCGAGGACGCCACUACAACUGCGCGCCUGAAGGCAGCGGGCGCGGUGCUGCUCGGCAAGUUGGCGAUGCACGAGUUUGCGCUCGGCGGUCCCGACGAGACGAACGGCUUCCCCCUCGCGCGCAACCCAUGGAACCUCGACCACAUCCCCGGCGGCUCCAGCAGCGGCUCGGGCGCGGGCAUCGCAGCCGGGCUCUGCAUGGGAACGCUCGGCUCCUGCACCGGCGGCUCCAUACGCGGUCCUGCAGCAUUCUGCAGCAUCGCCGGCAUCAAGGCGACAUACGGGCGCGUCAGCCGCUACGGUGUCGUGCCCUUGAGCUGGACCCUCGACCACUGCGGUCCCAUGACCUGGACAGUGGAAGACUCCGCCAUCAUGCUGCAAGUCAUCGCAGGCUACGACUCCAAGGACCCGACCACAAGCCAGGCGCCCGUCCCGGACUAUACGGCGUCGCUGGUAGAGGACAUCGAGGGCUUGCGAAUCGGUGUCCCUCGCCACUUCUUCUUCGCUGACGACCCUACCAUCAAUAAGGAUGUUCUCGCCGCUGUGGACGACGCACUGAAGCACGCGGGCGCGGCGCAGCCCGUCAUCAUGCUCAGCGAGGCUUUCGCGUACCACCAGAACAACCUGCGCGCCAAGCCCGAGCUGUUCGGCGAGAUGGUCAGGGCGCGCUUCAGGACGGGCGGGCUGUUCUCGUCCGGCGACUAUGUGCAGGCGCAGCGCGCCCGCAAUGUGCUCAAGCGCGAGUUCGCCGACGUGCUGAGGAAGGUCGAUAUAGUGGCGUCGCCCACCAUGUCCAACCCCGCGCCGCGCUUUGACGCGAUGGACGCCAUGACUACAUCGCGCGUCCCUAGCUUCACCGGCCCCUACAACCUCACCGGCAUGCCCGCCAUAUCUGUGCCCUGCGGCUUCACAUCGGAAGGCCUCCCAGUCGGCUUCCAGAUAGCAGGUAAGCCCUUCGACGAGCCAACCGUCUUCCGCGCCGCCUACGCCUACGAACAGAGCGCCCGCCACUUCGAGCAGAGGCCGUCGAUUUAA